AGGACCCAGAAUACUACGGACACACUGCAGGACCUGACAGAGAGGAACAUGACAGACUUCCUAUUGAAGACCUAUGAGAAAGCAGGCAGAAAAAGGUACUUUCACUCUGUGCUCGGUAGCACUUACAUAUCUGUGAAUGUUCAGACAUAAUGCCAACAAUGUGACUGAAGUUGUUAUCUAAGAUAACGUGUAAUGUCAAGUUCUAAGUCCCACUAAUUAUAAAUCAUGAGUCAAGAGUCAAAUGAAAUGGUACAGUGUGUUGUUUGUGUAUGUGUCUGCAUGUGUGUGCAUUUAUUUGUGUGUUUGUGUGUCCAUGCGUGUUCAUAUCUUAUUAAUUUGCACUCUGAUCUUUGCCCGCUCCCCUGCCACCACCACCACUACCCACCACUCAAGGUACGGAGGGAUUUCCGUCGGAGGAGUCAACUCCCAAGUCAGGAUGACUGAACCGGAAAUUGAAGCUUUAAUCAGGGAUUUGAAAAGCCUAUUAAAUUCCCCCCAGGUAUGCUAUGGAUAUUGGGAUUGUGUGGUGGCCUUACUGCCAGCUGUGGAACAGCUUGACUUCUGAGGGAAAACGCAUUGAUUUUAUAUAAUAUCUGCCCGUGUAGGAGGAUAGGGAAGGUACGUUCGCUGUGGUUGAAAGCCAGAAGGGAUCUAUGGAGAUCUCAAUUCACAAAGGUGCAUUCAAUUAUGCAUAGACGUAGAAACCAAUCACUAACGCUAAGCUUGUGCUCUUUGUGAAACAUGAGAUCGAAUCUGCUUGAGUGACUCUUGAAUUUCAAUACUUUACCUUCAAAUCAAACUAGAAGGAAAGUUAAAACUCAGAUAGACUUUUGGAUGUCCAUGGAAACUGUGUAUGAUUGUCUCAUGUAAUAUAUUUACAUAUAUUUAUUUCUUCCUCUCUUUCUCCUCAACACAUUCAACCAAGUGUACACACACCCCUCUAUCUGUCUAUCUCUCCGACACACACACACACACACACACACACACACACACACACACACACACACACACACACACACACACACACACACACACAAACACUCCCUAACACUCCCAAACACAUACACACUCAUUAAAUGUUCAAACCUGUAAGCGGCCUGGACCUCAAACUUAAAAAUUAAUUUUAAAAAAGGCUAAUUAAGUCAUACAAUCAAGAUCAGAAGAAUGUUGCUCUCCCUCGGGUGUCUUAACCAUCCUUCUCCAGGGUACUUCUCCAGGCUCCGGAUUCUCCACGCUAACACGACUUUGAUUCACAGCCGCAGUGAUGAUGUAACUCUAAUGGCCGAACAUCAGCCAUUCCCAGCUCUGUGCAUUUCCCUUUUUAAAGUGGGAUACGUCUGGCUCGCUGACUGUGGCUAUGUCCCAAAUGGGUACCCCUUGGGCCCUGGUCAAAAUAUGUGCACUACAAAGUGUAUAGAGUGCCAUUUGGAAUACAACCUGUGUCUGCUUGAGUUGCAGAUGGAGAAAGAACAGUGGUACACAGUGUAUUCUACCAGUGGAUGCUCCUCAGAGGAGGAAGGGGAGUACCAUCCUCCUCAGUGAAUUUCAUAAAAAUAAAAAUACUAAAUAUAUUCACGGCACCAAAUAAUUGAUUAAAACACACUGUUUUGCCAUGAAGGUCUACAGUAGCCUCAACAACACUCUGUAGGGUAGUAGUCCUCCUCUGGGUACAUUGACUAUAAUAUAAAACCUAGAAGGCUUGUGGUUCUCACCCCCUUCCGUAGACUUACACAGUAUUUAUGACAACCUCUGGAGGACGUCCUCCAACCUAUCAGAGCUCUUGCAGCAUGAACUGAUAUGUUGCCCACCCAAUCAAAAUAUCAGAGAAUGAAUCUAGUACUGAAUGCAUAAGCUACAGCUCGCUAGCACUGCAGUGCAUAAUGUGGUGAGUAGUUGACUCAAAAAGGGAAAGACAAAAAUGAAGAAGUGAGAGAGAGAGAGAGAUUUUUUUUUUCACUUCCACUUUCGCUUACUUAGCUAUCAAAUGCGUCUAGCUAGUUUAGCCUAUUCAAACACCCGGUUCAAACAGCGAGUGAUGCUAUGUUAGCUAGCUGGCUAUGGAUAUCCAACACUGAAACUCUUCCAAGUCAAGGUAAUUUAUUACUAACUUUACUAAACUACUGCUUGCUGCUGACUGUGCACUGUACUGCAUGAUUGUAGCGGGUUUACUAACGCGUUAGUUCUAGUAGCUAUGUUGACUAUGACGUUAAUAUGGUGACAACGAUGUAGGUAGGCUGUGUGUAGUGGUUAGCGGUUGUGAUAUAAAGGUUUGGCUUGGAUAGGUUUUUUAGCCCAUGUCACAGACAGCUGAUAUGUUGUGCACUGAAGUCCAAGGGAAAGAAAAGGGGGGAGGAGGAAGGUGCGUAGAUGCGAGAAGUAAUUAUACAACGAUCAAAGGGAUCAUGCUGUUUGUAUGUGGCUGCUAUGUGUCACGGUUUCGGCCGAGGCGGCCCCUCCUCCUUGUUCGGGCAGGUUUCGGCGGUCGUCGUCUCCGGAGUACUAGCUGCCACCGUUCUAUGUUUCUUGUUUGAUUGGUUUUGUCUGUUUGUCACACCUGUUUUGUGUUAUGUCUCAUUAAGCACCCUAUUUAGUUCCUUGUUGUUAGUUAGGUGUUGUGUGUAAUUGUUUCCUUGUCGUGUUGCUGCGCUACCUAUUUUGGUGCGCUAUUUAGUAGUUUGCCUCCUUGUUGUUUUUAGGAGAGAUUUACGCACAUGUUUAGUGCGCCCGUUUGGUUACGCCUGUGCUCGCUUUUCUCGCCUCCGGGCUGUUCUUGGAUUAUUUUGUAUUGAUCUACUAAAGACUUUGUUUGGACUUAACUUCUGCGUCCUGCGCCUGAUUCCACACCACACCUACCUACAGCAACUCUUGACAGAAUUACACACCACAUAUGGAAUCAGCAGGAGCACCCACCGACAUCAUGGAGGAGCGUCUUCGUGGUCAAGAGGAUCGAAUCAACCAGAUCGGGCACGCCUUGGACCGCGUCAUGAACACCCUCCAUCGAUGGGAGACAAGCGGGGUACUCACACCCCCACCUAUCGCACCAUCACCAUCGGACAGCCCGCCCGUCCAACUACCGGAACCCAGUGGGAUUCGGCUCUCGCUCCCGAGGGCGUACGACGGCACCGCUGCCGGGUGUCAGGGGUUCCUAUUACAAGUGGAGCUCUACCUUGCCACCAUACACCCGGCGCCCUCGGGAUACGAGAGCGUUUCCGCCCUCAUCUCCUGUCUCACCGGCAAGGCGUUGGAGUGGGCCAACGCCUAAUGGAGGGGAAUAGACGCCACCACAGUCACCUAUGCGGAGAUCUCCCGCCGCUUCCGUGCUGUCUUCGACCAUCCACCAGAGAGGAAGGCGGCGGGGGAGCGUCUAUUCCACCUCCGACAGGGGAUGAGGAGCGCUCAAGAGUUUGCGCUGGAGUUCCGGACUCUUGCGGCAGAUGCAGGGUGGAAUGAGAGGGCCCUCAUAGACCACUUUAGAUGUAGCCUUCGGGAGGACGUCCGCAGAGAGUUAGCGUGCAGGGAUACUACACUAACAUUUGACCAGUUGGUGGACAUGGCCAUUCGGCUGGACACCCUGCUCGCGACCCGCGGACGUCCCAGGUGGGGGCCUCCCAUUCCACCCUCCAGCGCCUCCGAGCCGAGCCCGAUGGAGCUUGGAGGUGCUGGCGCUAGAGGGAGGAGAGGAAGGAGCCCGAGGGGGGCAGUCUCCUGCACCAACUGUGGCCGCGGAGGGCACACCGCGGCUAGGUGCUGGGGAGGGUCCCCUGGUGAGGGAGAUGGCAGGUCACACAUUGGGGAGUCCUCCCAGGUGAGUAGGCGCCCUACUUACCCAGAGCUUUCUGUCGUACACAUUACAUUACCUGUUUGUUUCCCACAGGUUGCACCUCGUUCCCAGCAUAAGGCGCUAGUCGAUUCAGGCGCAGCUGGGAAUUUUGUAGAUCGUAAAUUCUGUGUUAAGUUAGGGAUUCCCCUCCUUCCAGUCGAUAAGCCCUUCCCUGUACAUGCCUUAGAUAGUCGUCCGUUAGGAUCUGGGUUGAUUGGGGAGGUCACAGCGCCACUUAGGAUGAUGACGCAGGGGGGUCAUGAGGAGACGAUUCAACUCUAUCUGAUCGACUCUCCUGCGUAUCCGGUGGUACUGGGGCUUCCCUGGUUGAUUACCCAUGAUCCUACGAUUUCGUGGCGAGAGAAGGCUCUUAAAGGGUGGUCUGCUCAGUGUGAGGGGCUAUGUCUGGGUGUUUCCGUAGGGGCGACCUCGGUGGAGAGCCCGAACCAGAUGCCAGCACUGCACAUUCCGCCUGAGUAUGAGGAUUUGGCACUCGUGUUUAGUAAGACCAGAGCGGCACGGUUGCCGCCUCAUAGACAGGGGGAUUGUGCGAUAGACCUCCAGAUAGGAGCUGCGCUCCCGCGGAGCCAUGUGUAUCCUUUGUCACAGGAGGAGAAAAGGGCAAUGGAGACUUACAUUGCCGAGUCUCUGAGACAGGGAUACAUACGGCCUUCCACUUCUCCCGCGUCCUCGAGCUUCUUUUUUGUGAAGAAAAAGGAUGGAGGUUUGCGUCCGUGUAUUGAUUACCGCGGUCUCAAUCAGGUGACUGUGAAAUAUAGUUAUCCACUCCCGCUGAUUGCGACCAUGACGGAGUCAUUACACGGGGCACGGUUCUUCACAAAAUUGGACCUCAGGAGCGCAUAUAACUUGGUGCGCAUUAGGGAGGGCGAUGAGUGGAAGACAGCAUUUAGUUCCACCUCCGGCCAUUACGAGUAUCUCGUCAUGCCAUAUGGGUUAAUGAAUGCUCCAUCAGUCUUCCAAUCGUUUGUAGAUGAGAUUUUCCGGGACAUGCAGGCGCAGGGAGUAGUGGUGUACAUAGAUUAUAUUCUUGUGUACAGUUCUACUCGGGCCGAGCAUGUAGCCCUGGUGCGCAGGGUAUUGAGGAGACUGUUGGAGCAUGACCUGUAUGUCAAAGCCGAGAAAUGUCUGUUCUUUCAGGAGUCAGUUUCCUUUUUGGGUUACCAGUUGUCUGCGUCAGGGGUGAGAAUGGAGGUGGACCGAGUGUCUGCCGUGCGUAAUUGGCAAACCCCAACUACAGUUAAAGAGGUGCAGCGGUUCUUGGGUUUUGCGAAUUACUACCGGAGGUUUAUCCGGGGUUUUGGACAGGUGGCAGCUCCCAUAACGUCUCUUCUGAAGGGGGGUCCGGUGCGCUUGCAGUGGUCGGCUGAGGCGGACAGGGCCUUUGGGAGACUGAAGGACCUGUUUACCUCGGCUCCGGUGCUGGCGCACCCGGAUCCCGCUUUACCCUUCCAAGUAGAGGUGGACGCGUCUGAGGCCGGUAUCGGGGCAGUUCUUUCACAACGGUCCGGCACACCACCUAAGCUCCGCCCCUGUGCCUUUUAUUCUAAGAAGCUCAGUCCGGCGGAGCGGAAUUAUGACGUAGGGGACAGGGAGCUGUUAGCCGUAGUACAGGCCCUAAAGGUGUGGAGGCAUUGGCUUGAGGGGGCUCAACACCCUUUCCUCAUUCUGACCGACCACCGUAACCUGGAAUACAUUCGGGCAGCUAGGAGACUGAAUCCUCGCCAGGCUCGAUGGACUAUGUUUCUCGCCCGGUUUGUGUUCAAGAUCACUUACAUCCCUGGGUCCCAGAACGGGAAGGCAGAUGCCCUGUCCCGGCGGUAUGACACGGAGGAGAGGUGCGUGGAGCCCAUUCCCAUACUACCGGAGUCUUGUCUGGUGGCACCGGUGGUGUGGGAAGUCGAUGCGGAGAUCGAGCGGGCAUUACGCACCGACCCUAGCCCUCCACAGUGUCCGGUGGGUCGGACGUACGUCCCGCUCGAGGUCCGGGAUCGGCUGAUUUAUUGGGCUCACACGUCACCCUCCUCUGGACAUCCAGGUAUUGGCCGGACAGUGCACUGCCUUAGUACGAAGUACUGGUGGCCAACGUUAGCCAGGGAUGUGAGGGUUUAUGUCUCCUCCUGCUCAGUGUGUGCCCAGUGUAAGGCGCCCAGACACUUGCCCAGGGGUAAAUUACAACCCCUGCCCGUUCCACAGCGACCCUGGUCUCACCUCUCGGUGGAUUUUGUUACCGACCUUCCCUCCUCACAAGGGAAUACCACCAUCCUGGUCGUUGUGGAUCGGUUCUCGAAGGCCUGUCGUCUCCUUCCCAUGCCGGGUCUUCCUACUGCCCUACAGACCGCUGAGGCUCUAUUUACUCACGUCUUCCGGCAUUACGGGGUACCCGAGGAUAUAGUGUCCGAUCGAGGCCCCCAGUUUACCUCCAGAGUCUGGAGAGCCUUUAUGGAACGGUUGGGGGUCUCGGUGAGCCUUACCUCGGGUUACCACCCGGAGAGUAAUGGGCAGGUCGAACGAGUCAACCAGGAUGUGGGUAGGUUUCUGAGGUCAUAUUGUCAGGGCCGGCCGGAGGAGUGGGCGAGAUAUGUGCCCUGGGCCGAGAUGGCACAGAACUCUCUCCGCCACUCCUCCACUAGACUAACCCCUUUCCAGUGUGUGUUAGGGUACCAGCCGGUUCUGGCACCUUGGCAUGAGAGCCAGAUCGAGGCCCCUGCUGUGGAUGAGUGGGUGCGGCGCUCGGAGGAGACGUGGAACGCUGCACACGUCCAUCUGCAGCGAGCCAUCCGUCGACAGAAGACGAGCGCCGACCUACACCGCAGUGAGGGGCCAGUGUACGCACCUGGAGAUCGAGUCUGGCUCUCAACCAGAAACCUGCCCCUCCGCCUGCCCUGCCGGAAGCUGGGUCGGCGGUUUGUGGGGCCCUUUAAAGUCCUGAGGAGAUUGAACGAGGUGUGUUACAGGUUACAACUGCCCAUUGAUUACAAGAAUAUUAACCCCUCGUUCCAUGUGUCUCUCCUCAGGCCGGUGGUAGCUGGUCCACUCCAGGACUUUGAGAUUGAGGAGACUCCUCCGCCCCCGUUGGACAUCGAGGGGGCUCCGGCGUACACUGUUCGGACCAUCCUGGAUUCGAGACGCCGGAUGGGGGGUCUCCAAUAUCUCGUGGAGUGGGAGGGGUACGGUCCGGAGGAGCGGUGCUGGGUGCCGAGGAGGGACAUUCUGGAUCCGUCCCUGCUGACCGAAUUCCAUCGUGGUCAUCCUACGCGCCCUGCUCCGCGUCCUCCUGGUCGUCCCCGAGGCCGGGGGCGGCGCACGGCUGGAGCCGCGCGUCAAGGGGGGGGUACUGUCACGGUUUCGGCCGAGGCGGCCCCUCCUCCUUGUUCGGGCAGGUUUCGGCGGUCGUCGUCUCCGGAGUACUAGCUGCCACCGUUCUAUGUUUCUUGUUUGAUUGGUUUUGUCUGUUUGUCACACCUGUUUUGUGUUAUGUCUCAUUAAGCACCCUAUUUAGUUCCUUGUUGUUAGUUAGGUGUUGUGUGUAAUUGUUUCCUUGUCGUGUUGCUGCGCUACCUAUUUUGGUGCGCUAUUUAGUAGUUUGCCUCCUUGUUGUUUUUAGGAGAGAUUUACGCACAUGUUUAGUGCGCCCGUUUGGUUACGCCUGUGCUCGCUUUUCUCGCCUCCGGGCUGUUCUUGGAUUAUUUUGUAUUGAUCUACUAAAGACUUUGUUUGGACUUAACUUCUGCGUCCUGCGCCUGAUUCCACACCACACCUACCUACAGCAACUCUUGACACUAUGAAAGUGAACUGUGUUUGCGUGUGAUCAGGGAUGUAUUCAUUCCGCCGAUUCUGUAAAAAUUUUUUUCUUAAACAGAAGUAAAUGGAACAAAACGGGGGAAAAACAUACCUGAAUUUGUCCAAUAGAAUCUCUUGUUUGCAACUUUUGGACUAAUGAUUACACCCUAGAUCAGCUCGAUACAGGCAAGAGUGUCCAAGGUGGUAUUGAAUGUGUCAAUGUCUGUCACCUUGAUUACUAAAAUGUAUCUCGACCUGUGCGCCUACGUUAUAAACUUUCAUUCAUAGGUUGUAGCAACUUCAUGUGUAGGGAAAAUUAGAGUAUCAUGUAGUAGCCUAAACCUAUUGAUGUUACAUUGAGCUGGGUGAAUGGAAUAUGAAUGACAGUCAUCCAAUAUGCCGUAAUAGAAAUAAGGCCAUGCACAUAAAAAAAACAUCUUAAAUGGCACUGACCACCACUGUACUCUACUCUACUGUGUCACCUGACUGGGAUGGAAGUUAGCUUUUAAGUGUGUGUUUGAUCUUUUUUUUUUGUGUGGGGGGGGGGGGGGGGGGGGGGGGGGGGGUAAAAGGUGAAAUUGAAAUGAGACUCACGUGGCAAAGGAUUCUGGGAUCGAUUAGGAUGAGGAAGGAUGUCACGCCCUGGCUCUGGGGACUCUUAAAUGUUGAGCCAGGUGUGUAGUUUCUAUGUUGUGUUUUUCUAUGUUUCGCUUCUAGAUCGUUUAGAUCUAUGUUGGCCAGGGUGGUUCCCAAUCAGAGGCAGCUGUAGCUCGUUGUCUCUGAUUGGGGACAAUACUUAGGCAGCCUGUUGGCACCAGUUAGUUGUGGGAUCUUGUUCCGUAUAGGAAUGUUAUUAGUCUACCUUGGACUUCACGUAUCGUUUGUUUGUUGUUUUGUUCGUGUUCAGUACGUUAAUAAAUAUUUACGCUUAUUACGCUGCGCAUUGGUCCGUCUCUUCCGUAAACGAUCGUGACAGAAGAUCCCACCAAAUGAGGACCAAGCAGCGUGUCCAGGAGCAGACAGCCUGGACUUGGGAGGAAAUUCAGGCCGGAAUGGAUCGCCGUCCUUGGGAGGAGACAGUGGAGGCGCGCUAUAGAGAGGAGCAGCGGCAACGCAGAAGGUGCCGGCCGAGGAGGAAGCCCGAGAGACAGCCCCAAUAAUGUUUUUUGGGGGGGCUAAAAGGGUGGUUGGCGGAGCCUAGUGUUAGAGCAGAGCCAACUCCCCGUACUCAUGCUAGGAAGCGUGUGACUGGGCAGGCUCCGUGUUAUGCGGAGCUACGUACUGUGCCGCGAGUGUUCCGGCACAGUCCUGUACGUCCUGUGCUAGCACCACGCACGUGUCGUGCGAAGUUGGGCAUUCAGCCAGGACGGGGUGUGCCGGCUCAACGCUCGUGGUCUCCAGUACGCCUCCUCGGUCCCGUAUAUCCUGCGCCGGUGCUACGUACUGUAUCGCCAGUACGCGUGCACAGCCUCGUACGUCCUGUGCUAAUGCCUCACACAUAUUGUGUGGAGGUAGGCAUCCAGCCAGGACGGGUUGUGUCAGCUCUCCGCUCCAGACCUCCAGUCCACCUCCACAGUCCGGCCCGGCCCGUUCCUGCUCCCCGCACCAAGCCAAUGGUGCGUGUUCCCAGUCCGGCCUGGCCCGUUCCUGCUCCCCGCACCAAGCCAGUGGUGCGUGUUCCCAGUCCGGCCCGGCCCGUUCCUGCUCCCCGCACCAAGCCAGUGGUGCGUGUUCCCAGUCCGGCCCGGCCCGUUCCUGCUCCCCGCACCAAGCCAGUGGUGCGUGUCGCCAGCCCGGUCCGGCCUGUUCCUGUCCCUCGCACCAAGCCAGUGGUGCGCGUCGUCAGCCCGGUCCGGCCCGUUCCUGCUCCCCGCACCAAGCCAGUGGUGUGUGUGUCCAGUCCGGCACGGCCCGUGCCUGUUCCACCGGUGCCUGGUCCGGCACCGGUCAGCUGCUCCACUCCGGAGCCAGAGCAAUCCGCUCCACCGGGGUCCGGUCCAACUCCAGUCAGCGGAUCCACUCCGGAGUCAGAGCAAUCCGCUCCACCGGGGUCCAGUCCAGCUCCGGUCAGCCGCUCCACUCCGGAGCCAGAGAAGUCCGCUUCACCGGUGCCCAGUCCAGCUCCGGUCAGCGGCUCCACUCCGGAGCCAGAGAAGUCCGCUCCACCGGUGCCCAGUCCAGCUCCGGUCAGCGGCUCCAGUCCGGAGUCUGUGCAGUUCGAUCCACCGUCGUCGGGUCCAGCUCCAGUCAGCGGUGCCAGUCCAGACCCAGACGUCAGCCCCUCUCCAGGUUCGGGGUCUCCCACACCAGGGUCCAGAUAGGACUUGGUACGUCGUGGGAGGAAGGAGAGGGGAAGCAGCGCACUGAGGUCCAGACCAGACCAGGGGCGCAACAGGGAGGCGGAGGAUAGGUGGUGGUCACGCCCGGAGCCGGAUCCGCCUCCGAGGCGGAAUGCCCACCCGGCCCCUACCCUGUUAUGUUUAGGUUGCGCGGUCGGAGUCCGCACCUUUGGGGGGGGGGGGGGGUAAUGUCACGCCCUGGCUCUGGGGACUCUUAAAUGUUGAGCCAGGUGUGUAGUUUCUAUGUUAUGUUUUUCUAUGUUUAGCUUCUAGAUCGUUUAGAUCUAUGUUGGCCAGGGUGGUUCCCAAUCAGAGGCAGCUGUAGCUCGUUGUCUCUGAUUGGGGACAAUACUUAGGCAGCCUGUUGGCACCAGUUAGUUGUGGGAUCUUGUUCCGUAUAGGUAUGUUAUUAGUCUACCUUGGACUUCACGUAUCGUUUGUUUGUUGUUUUGUUCGUGUUCAGUACGUUAAUAAAUAUGUACGCUUAUCACGCUGCGCCUUGGUCCGUCUCUUCCGUAAACGAUCGUGACAAAGGAAGAUAUUAUAACAUGGCAAAUACAAAACACACAAUGCUUGAAGACAAUUAGGAAAGACUAGUCAUUAAAGUAGUCAAAUACAGUGUCUUAAGAGCCAAAACAGCUUUUUAACAUAGGCCGCAACUCGUCAUGUAGUCAACAGAACGCAUCGUGCCACCGUCGUAUCGCUGGCUGUGGCUGUGUGGGCGUCCGGCUCAUUGGCCAUACGAGCACAAUUGUCCUUGAGGAUGAAGUCGUUUCAUGAGGGAUAAGCAUCAGUAAAUGCUCGCCGGGGUUCCCUGACUCCCCUCUGUCUCGCCCGCCAUGUCUUCCCGUCUGCCACAGAAACAAUACCAGUGAAACAAGGAGCUAAUCCUCAGGAAGAACGCAUGCCAGUGUCGUGCCCUCUAUGGUGCCAACCUGCACCAGCCUCUUUCUCCCUCUACCUCACCCGCCUCUGGUUUUUCAAAAGGGAGAAGUAAAAGCAAAAUAUGUUAAAGAGCCCCAGCUUUGCGGAAGGCAGAAUUACGGAGAGCAAAAAGGGCUUGUAACUGUUCCUGAGCUCAUAAAUAAUCAAUUAGAUGGUCGGUGUUCUGUGUGUUUCUGCUAAAUAGAGAGACGACGAGUAUAGUGUGCAAACACUCCCUCCCUCUUUCUCUUACUCCCUCUGUUUUCCUCCCUCCCUCCCUCUUUCUCUUACUCCCUCUGUUUUUCUCCCUCCCUCCCUAUUUCUCUUACUCCCUCUGUUUUUCUCUUCCUUCGUCUCGUAUUGUAGGCCUUUGAUUUGAGGUGCUGCAGACAGAAGGAACCAUUUGCAUUUAUAUCACACGUUUAAUGCGUGCAGUGUGCACCGGGCCGGGCUGAACUGGAACCGGGCACAGGCGUGACGACGGGCCAUCACAAAUCACACGGUUCUCAGCAGCACUCAUCCCAAGGUCCAUUUCACUUGAAACAUGACCAUAGUGGAUAUUUUUUUUACGCAACCCAUGCGGCCCACCCACUCUACUGUAUUAUAUGUUAUAACACCAUGUGGAGGAAUUUCCAUAGUGAGAAAAGAGAGAAAAAAAUAUUUAAAGGAGAGAGAUGCAAGUGGAAGGCAGUGCUGGGUUGGUGAAAUCAUUCGGCCCCCACUCGGUCAUCAACGUUAACUCAAUCGGCUUCCACUCCCACCUGCCCUCUACAGCGCUAGUACCCAGGGGUCAUAUGUAUCAAGCAUCUCAUGUGUAGGACUACCCUACCUCCCCUCUAUAAACUUUUAUAUACCAUGACAGUUUUUUUUUCUUGUGGGGGGGGAGGUGGGAGAGGGGGGGAGAGAGAGAGCGAGAAAGCGAGAGGGAGAGUGAGUGAGAGAUGCAAGCAGAGGUCAGUGCUGCAGGUUUGCCGAAAUAACAAGCAAAAUAAUGUUACUUCUCCAGCCUAUAUAAAAUAAGUGGGCCUCAGCAAUAUAGAGAUAUUGCUGUUCCAUGAUGUUUUGCAUUUCAAAGAGGAUAUGUAUUUUCCCAAGUGUGUCCAGUUAAGCCUCGUUCUCUUUAAAAAAAUAAUAUUAUUCUCUCCUUCAUUAGGAUAACACGACCGAUCAGAUCCUCCUGAACGCCAAGACACUCCUGAAAGAGCUUGGGACCAGGGAUAACGUCAAGGUAUUAUAUCAUCGUUCAUCUUGAGGCUUAGAGACUCAGUGGCUCCUUGGCGGCUAUUACCAUUUUUGUUUGAUCAUCAUCUUGAGUGCUUUGUGAGAGGAUACAGUAGCAGGUAUAGUUCAACGCUGGUACACAGAUAGAUCUCUGCCUGUGUAGUGCAAUGAUAAUCACAAAUCAUACAAGACAAGGCCAUCUCCUGGGUUUUACCUGUAAUCUGAGCUGUGUCUGAAUCACUUAAUUCCCAUCACAGACACCUUGACUAAACUGUAUAGGGAGUGGUUGAGUGGUUCAAAUUACUUUAUAAAUGUAUUAUUCAGUACGGAGUUCUAAUCUAGACGAAGAUCCUCCAUUGAGACAAGAUAAAGCAGCGAAAAGAAGAAGUGCAUAGUACAAAAUGGAUCCUGUUAGCAUUAUGGAGUUAUAAUUCUCCAAUGGAUUCAACAGCAGCCUUUAUGGUUGAUGUUUGAUGCAAUUAGACUGCUUGAAUUCUGUGGUAGCAGUGUUAACUUAGCUAGCUUCAUACGGUUCUUUAUAGCAUUAACUUCCACUCUCUUCCACUCUUUUGAUGUCCACCAUGUUUGAUGUAUCUAAUGGGAGUCUAGCAACAAGUCCCCCCAGGGUUGAGGAAAACGGAAUCCAGUGCAUUGUGGAAUUGAUGAAAAGAAACUGCAGUCGAAAUAACUUAAGCACUAGCAUUGGAUAAACCAAAAUGGCAUUUUUCUGUGCAAUUGUUUAAGUCGCUAAUGCUGUAGUUAACCACAAAUAUCUUUGGGGAGUGUAUGUGGACCGUGUGAGAGACAAGAAAAGUGUGAGUGUGUGCUUGUGCAUAUGAAUGUGCUUGUGUGUGUGCGUGCACCUUGAGUGUGUGUGUGUGUGUGUGUUUGUGUGUGUGUUACUGUGUGUGUGUGAUACAGUGUUACGGUAGGCCCAAACUCCAUCUAAUCUUAAUUAGACCAGCACUAUCAGCAGGGGUGCUCUCUUUCUAGAACAUUCUUCUCCUGCACAACGGGAGAUACAGGCACCGGGAGCAUCUUAAAGAGAAAAGUACUCAAUCGUUUGUUAUAACUUUUUUAGCGGGGUGACUUGUGUUCAACUUGCGAGCUUUUUUGUUGUGGUAGUUGCUGUUACUGUACGUAAAGAAAAUAUUAUAUUUUAUGUACUAUCAAGAUGCUAAUUUAACCCAAGGGCCAUGUUUACAUAGACAUUGAACUAUACUGUAUAAUUUCCAUAAAAUAAAUAAAUAAUCACUUUUGCAGAAUUAACGGAAUAAACAGUGGUGAGAGAUUACUGCCUAUUGCAUAUCUGAUGAUGCAGGAUACAGUAGCUCCAUAAAGAGAUGUACUUAUACCAUGGAAUAACGGUUGUGUUAUGCUAAGUCUUUGCACAUCUUGAUACUUUUUUCACUUGUUUUGGUGCUACAUACAGUGGCUUGCGAAAGUAUUCACCCCCCUUGGCAUUUUUCCUAUUUUGUUGCCUUACAACCUGGAAUUAAAAUUGAUUUUUUGGGAGUUUGUAUCAUUUGAUUUACACAACAUGUCUACCACUUUGAAGAUGCAAAAUAUUUUUUGGUGUGAAACAAAAAAAAUCAGAAAACUUGCAUAACUAUUCACCCCCCCCAAAGUCAAUACUUUGUAGAGCCACCUUUUGCAGCAAUUACAGCUGCAAGUCUCUUGGGGUAUAUCUCUAUAAGCUUGGCACAUCUAGCCACUGGGGUUUUUCCCCAUUCUUCAAGGCAAAACUGCUCCAGCUCCUUCAAGUUGGAUGGGUUCCGCUGGUGUACAGCAAUCUUUAAGUCAUACCACAGAUUCUCAAUUGGAUUGAGGUCUGGGCUUUGACUAGGCCAUUCCAAGACAUUUAAAUGUUCCCCCUUAAACCACUCAAGUGUUGCUUCAGCAGUAUGCUUAGGGUCAUUGUCCUGCUGGAAGGUGAACCUCCGUCGCAGUCUCAAAUCUCUGGAAGACUGAAACAGGUUUCCCUCAAGAAUUUCCCUGUAUUUUGCGCCAUCCAUCAUUCCUUCAAUUCUGACCAGUUUCCCAGUCCCUGCCGAUGAAAAACAUCCCCACAGCAUGAUGCUGCCACCACCAUGCUUCACUGUGGGGAUGGUGUUCUCGAGGUGAUGAGAGGUGUUGGGUUUGUGCCAGACAUAGCGUUUUCCUUGAUGGCCAAAAAGCUCAAUUUUACUCUCAUCUGACCAGAGUACCUUCUUCCAUAUGUUUGGGGAGUCUCCCACAUGCCUUUUGGCAAACACCAAACGUUUUUGCUUAUUUUUUUCUUUAAGCAAUGGCUUUUUUCUGGCCACUCUUCCGUAAAGCCCAGGUCUGUGGAGUGUACGGCUUAAAGUGGUCCUAUGGACAGAUACUCCAAUCUCCGCUGUGGAGCUUUGCAGCUCCUUCAGGGUGCUCUUUGGUCUCGUUGUUGUCUCUCUGAUUAAUGCCCUCCUUGCCUGGUCCGUGAGUUUUGGUGGGCGGCCCUCUCUUGGCAGGUUUUUUGUGGUGCCAUAUUCUUUCAAUUUUUUAAUAAUGGAUUUAAUGGUGCUCCGUGGGAUUUUCAAAGUUUCUGAUAUUUUUUUAUAACCCAACCCUGAUCUGUAUUUCUCCACAACUUUGUCCCUGACCUGUUUGGAGAUCUCCUUGGUCUUCAUAGUGCUGCUUGCUUGGUGGUGCCCCUUGCUUAGUGGUGUUGCAGACUCUGGGACCUUUCAGAACAGGUGUAUAUAUACUGAGAUCAUGUGACACUUAGAUUGCACACAGGUGGACUUUAUUUAACUAAUUAUGUGACUUCUGAAGGUAAUUGGUUGCACCAGAUCUUAUUUCGGGGCUUCAUAGCAAAGGGGGUGAAUACAUGUGCACGCACCACUUUUCCGUUACAGAUUUUUUUGAAACAAGUUAUUUUUUAAUUUCACUUCACCAAUUUGGACUAUUUUAUGUAUGUCCAUUAAUAUAAAAAUCCAUUUAAAUUACAGGUUGUAAUGCAACAAAAUAGGAAAAACGCCAAGGGGAUGAAUACUUUUGCAAGGCACUGUAGGUCUGGUGUAAGGUACACUCCAUGGACUAGUUUUCCAGACCCAGAUUAAACUUUAAAUGGAGAAUCUCCAUUGAACAUUCUUUUUAGCCCAGGACUAUUCAUAAUCUUUGUCCGGGAAACUAGCCCCAUAUGCUUUAUAUUGUCUUUGAACUAUAACAGCAAUGAACCAUCUGCCAUGUCUCCAGGUGUGGUUCUACAACCAGGCGUGGCACGGGAUCGUUUCGUUCCUCAACGUGGCCAACAACGCCAUCCUGAGGGGCAACCUGCCUAUGGGCCGUGACCCCAGGGAGUACGGCAUCUCCACCUCCAGCCACCCUCUCAACCUGACCAAGGCUCAGCUCUCCUACCAGGCACUGUGAGUCAGGAUGUAUCAGCUCUGGGGGAGGGAGGGAGGGAGGGAGGGAGAGGGAGAGAGGGAGAGAGGGAAAGAGGGAGAGAGAGACUUGCAUAAUAUAAAAUAACAUAAUGCAACGUAACAUUACAUAAUAUAAUGUAACAUGCAGUAUUAUAGCAGAAUAUAAUUACAUAACAUAUCCUAGCGUAGAAUAAGUAGUAGCAUAACAUAGCAUCAUAACAUACAGUAACUUAUCAUAACAUAACCUAAAGCUGUACAGCACAUCUAUAUAUGUAGAUGUCAAAUUAGGCCUAUGCGCAGUUUUCACACUUUGUUUGCUGAAAUGUCAGUUUCGACUUUGACACAUGAUGCGAUCCUCAUGCCAUAGAUACCAUUUAAUUCCUUGUUCCUUUCUUGUGUUACCACCUCUAUCUAAAUAAGGUAUUUAUGUAGUGGUCAGGUAAUAGCAACAGUGUUGAGACAGAGAGAAAAGACAUGGAAGUGUAGCUAAACGAUAAUUACAAUGGCUUCGCUUCCAUACUGUAGAUUCAGACCCCCUCUCUGUAUGGCUUCGCUUCCAUACUGUAGAUUCAGACCCCCUCUCUGUUUGUCUCUCUCAUUUCACUCUCUCUCUCUCCAUGUGGUCCCUGCGGGGAAUUUAUUAUCCAUGAUCUAAAGAUGAACUUUCGAUCAUGAAUUACCAGAGUUAAAAGGUAAGGAGUAAAACAUUUGAGUGUUCGUGUUCUAUGCGAUCAUGCAUCGUGUCCCUGCGUCAUUGCCCUAAUUUAAGAGUUGUUCUCCACAAAGUAUUGCUUUAAAUGGAGCAGACAGUAAAAUGUGUUGUGGUGGUUGUAGGCAAUUUAGGGGGUAGCUUCUGUCUAGGCAUUUUGACUAGACUGACUGCAAUGCUCUCCUAGCAUAAGCAGAUUAAUCAUCAUGGUGGGUCUCUGUGACCUGGAGCUUGCUAGGUCUUCAGUGAAUCAGAGAGAGACCUGUUCUGUCACCAAAUCUCCCAUGUCCUUUAAUAAAACAAUAAAACCAUUUCUGCGUUAUGGCUACACCUACUGUCUGGACAAUUAUUUACUGAAACAAUUCAAAGGUAGACUAUUAUUUGACUACUCAUUAUGGUUUGCUAACCCCCCCUCCACACCUCCAUGUUUGAAGCCGCACCUCACUCUAGACCUUAGGCAAAAACACCAGGCACAUUAAAAGCUCUCCCCUACUAUACUGUUUAUUACUUUAUUAGCGGGGUGCAUGUCCCCUCACAGUGAUUAGCCACUAGUCCUUGUUCAGGGUUACCUCAUUAGCCAAUCGCUUUCCUCAAACAAUCCUCGUGCCCGGUGAGUGGGGUCUAGAUAAACCUAUUGAAAACUGUUGAAAGUGGGGCGGCACCCACUGCGUAAAUUAUUUAUUGUUUACGCAUCCUAAUUGUGUCCAGCCCGCGCUGAUGAAUUAAUGUUGAGGCGGCGCGGCAUGACUUGUUUAUUAUGUUAAUUACCUGGCAGGUAGUCUGGCGAGAGAUUGUGGUAGGGCAGGAAGGUAGGAGGGGUGUGUGUGUGUGUGUGUGUGUGUGUGUGUGUGUGUGUGUGUGUGUGUGUUAGAGGAGUUGGGAGAAUAUACUGUAGUCUGCUUCACAGCUAAUUAAGCAGACGCAGCAAGGACGUUUUUAUAGCAAAAUGGUUGAAAUGAAGAUGUCCAGUAUUCUGAUGAAGAAGAGGUCAAUGUCUUCUGAGGAGAGAGAAACAGUUGCUAAGUGCUUCGUCCCUCACAAGUCAGUCAGGGAAGAGAUUAACUCUUUGUGCCUCUCUACAGAUCUCUAGCUAAAUAGUUGAUCGCCCACUGUCUGCAAUCUGCAAUUAGCUAUUAAACUACACUGGGGGGUAACUAACACCAUAACAUCUAUAAUCGCUAACUUACAGUGAGCUCCAAAAGUAUUGGGACAACAACAAUGAGGUUAAAUGGCAGACUGUAAGCUUUAAUUUGAGGGUAUUUAUAUCCAUAUCGGGUGAACCGUUUAGAAAUUACAUCACUCUUUGUAUAUAGUCCCCCCAUUUUGGCGGACCAAAAGUAUUGGGCCGAAUUCACAUAUGUGUGAAUUUGUCCCAAUAUUUUAAUCCAAAGUGCUGGAGUACAGAGCCAAAACAACAACAAAUAAUUUCACUGUCCCAAUAGUUUUGGACCUCACUGUAUCUAGUGUUUCUUCUUUAAUGUGGAUAGGAUAGCAAAGAAGAAAUCUGGUUGGAGGACAUUUUUAUUUUGGUGCUCUCCAUGUCAGCGAACAUGAAUAAUGGAAGUGCUGUUGAAUGACCUUUGAUCCCAAACAUCCAGCACCUCUCCGGUGCAGUUUCCACCUCUUGUUUGUGAACUUCCGAAAUCUACUCCUACCCGAAACUCUGUUCGAUUUGACAGCGGAGAGCCGAAAGAGGGUGAUAUUUCCAUCAAAAGAGACCAGCAGGAGCUCUGAAUUGACAGAAUGUGAAAGUAUGGAAGGCAAGACAGCGCAACAUACAGUGAGGGAAAAAAGAAUUUGAUCCCCUGCUGAUUUUGUACGUUUGCCCACUGACAAAGAAAUGAUCAGUCUAUAAUUUUAAUGGUAGGUUUAUUUGAACAGUGAGAGACAGAAUAACAACAAAAACAUCCAGAAAAACGCAUGUCAAAAAUGUUAUAAAUUUAUUUGCAUUUUAAUGAGGGAAAUAAGUAUUUGACCCCCUCUCAAUCAGAAAGAUUUCUGGCUCCCAGGUGUCUUUUAUACAGGGAGUGCUCCUAAUCUCAGCUUGUUACCUGUAUAAAAGACACCUGUCCACAGAAGCAAUCAAUCAAUCAGAUUCCAAACUCUCCACCACGGCCAAGACCAAAGAGCUCUCCAAGGAUGUCAGGGACAAGAUUGUAGACCUACACAAGGCUGGAAUGGGCUACAAGACCAUCGCCAAGCAGCUUGGUGAGAAGGUGACAACAGUUGGUGCGAUUAUUCGCAAAUGGAAGAAACACAAAAGAACUGUCAAUCUCCCUCGGCCUGGGGCUCCAUGCAAGAUCUCACCUCAUGGAGUUGCAAUGAUCAUGAGAACGGUGAGGAAUCAGCCCAGAACUACACGGGAGGAUCUUGUCAAUGAUCUCAAGGCAGCUGGGACCUUAGUCACCAAGAAAACAAUUGGUAACACACUACGCCGUGAAGGACUGAAAUCCUGCAGCACCCUCAAGGUCCCCCUGCUCAAGAAAGCACAUAUACAGGCCCAUUUGAAGUUUGCCAAUGAACAUCUGAAUGAUUCAGAGAAGAACUGGGUGAAAGUGUUGUGGUCAGAUGAGACCAAAAUCGAGCUCUUUGGCAUUAACUCAACUCGCCGUGUUUGGAGGAGGAGGAAUGCUGCGUAUGACCCAGUUGGUGCGAUUAUUCGCAAAUGGAAGAAACACAAAAGAACUGUCAAUCUCCCUCGGCCUGGGGCUCCAUGCAAGAUCUCACCUCGUGACCCCAAGAACCAUCAAAUCUUGGGUGAGAACCUCCUUCCCUCAGCCAGGGCAUUGAAAAUGGGUUGUGGAUGGAUAUUCCAACUUGACAAUGACCCAAAACACACGGCCAAGGCAACAAAGGAGUGGCUCAAGAAGAAGCACAUUAAGGUCCUGGAGUGGCCUAGCCAGUCCCCAGACCUUUAUCCCAUAGAAAAUCUGUGGAGGGAGCUGAAGGUUCGAGUUGCCAAACGUCAGCCUCGAAACCUUAAUGACUUGGAGAAGAUCUGCAAAGAGGAGUGGGACAAAAUCCCUCCUGAGAUGUGUGCAAACUUGGUGGCCAACUACAAGAAACGUCUGACCUCUGUGAUUGCCAACAAGGGUUUUGCCACCAAGUACUAAGUCAUGUUUUGCAUAGAGGUCAGAUACUUAUUUCCCUCAUUAAAAAGCAAAUCAAUUCAUAACAUUUUUGACAUGCGUUUUUCUGGAUUUUUAUUGUUGUUAUUCUGUCUCUCACUGUUGAAAUAAACCUACCAUUAAAAUUAUAAACUGAUCAUGUCUUUGUCAGUGGGCAAACGUACAAAAUCAGCAGGGGAUCAAAUACUUUUUUCCCUCACUGUACCUUUAUCUCGGUGAAUGAUAUUCUAACCGCAUGGAGGAUCAAACAUUUCCAAGAUGACGCCUCCCGAGUGGCGCAGCGGUCUAAGGCACUGCAUCGUAGUGCUUGAGGCGUCACUACAGACCCAGACCCACUACAGACGCAGCCGGCCGCGACCGGGAGACCCAUGAGGCGCCGCACAAUUGGCUCAGCAUCGUCCGGGUUAGGGGAGAGUUUGCCACGCUGGCACGGUCGCCAGUUGUAUUGUGUUUCCUCCGACACAUUGGUGCGGCUGGCUUCCGGGUUAAGUGAGCAGUGUGUCAAGAAGCAGUGCGGCUUGGCAGGGUCGUGUUUCGGAGGACGCAUGGCUCUCGACCUUUGCCUCUCCCGAGUCCUUACGGGAGUUGCAGCGAUGGGACAAGACUGUAACUACCAAUUGGAUAUCACGAAAAAGGGGGUAAAAAGUAACAAAAAUAAAUAAAUACAAAAUAGCAAUAAAAAAAUAGCUAAUACAUAAACGUAUAAUCAUAGAUCAUAGAUAUGAUUUGUCCAAUUGGCCAUAUCAUUAUAAAUGAAACCAAACAUUUUAUUACAUUUGAGUAAUUAAGUACUCUUAUCCAGGGCGCCUGAAAAAUUUAGGGGUCAUGAUUUAGGUGCACACCAUUCAAAGCACAAGACUAUUCAGCCAACUGGAGCACAGGGCAGCAUUAAGUCAAUCUUUCCUACUUGUUUCAAAGGCCUCAUGGUUGAAUUGAAAUAUGUGCACCGUGAGCAAGCAGGAGUGUUGAUGGGAUGAAACAUUGAGCAAGUAUGUGAAUAGAAUUUAUCAGACUCAAUCCCCCUGUAUAGAUGUUGUGAGGCGUUACAUUCCUACAACGAUCUUGAAAAUAAUUUCUAGAAAAGGUAAACACAGCUAUCUGUAUGGCUUUGUAAAUAUGAACAACCAUAUUCUGGCCAAUUGUAUAGAUUUGUAAAAAAAAUUGUUAACUUUUUUUUAAAUGAAAAAUAACUAUUUUAAACAACAUCAACUGUGAACUGAUUUGGGCGUGUGUGUGUUAAAGAGACAGACAGGGAGGGACAAAGAGAGAGAGAGGCUACAUUACUUGUACUGAAACUGUUCUCUUCUCUCUUUCAAUGCAGCAAAGCGGUCAAUGACUUUCUCAUUGAAAUCAGGCAUGCUGAGGACUAGUUUACUAGUUACUUUUUAGCUUGCUGCAUGAUCAAAUUCAGCUGAUGCGCAUAGCAAUGCACGUAAUGGCCUUUCUUGAAAUGCUCACGCACCUUUUGCCUUCUCUCGCCUCAUCACACUGGCUCCAUCGUAAGCUUGCGCAAUGAGUUUGACUUUCACGUCGUCGGCAAAAAGACCGUUCAGUCUCUCCAAAAGCACACUGGCGAUUGAGACUGAGGUUGAUUCCGAGAUGGGAAGGAACUCAAAAAAGCGCUCCUGCACUUUGUGGUUGUCUCUUUGAUGUGAACUUCUUUCAAAGAGACAAUCGAGUUGCACUGAACGCUAUAGCCAUCUUGAUAGUAGUACGUGAAUUGAUUGAUGCUGCUACCCGCUCUUUUCUUAGUUACGUUCAUGGUUACGUUACGUAUGACGAAAGCGCGUAAGUGCAAGCCCUCAGAAACCCAUAGAGAUUGUAUUGAAAGCUCUGAAAUUUGAAAAAAAUAGAUUUUACAUGGGAGUCUAUGACAGACUUCUGGGCGAUUUUCAACCUGACUGAAAUCGCCCCAAAAGGGGGGGGGGGGGGCAUUUGAAGCACGACUUUAGCCUGAUUGGACAUUUAGUGGCAGUGUGGCACUGUGGCAGAUCAGACGUCUAGAUUACAACACUGAUAACUACUGUUGCCGUGAUAUAAUUGAUUAGAAAAAAAAUCCCUUCCUUUUCCCGUUUGGCAGUGCGUCGCCCAUAUCGCCCUAUUGAACACACCGCCCCUGAAGUACUCUUAUCCAGAGCAACUAAAGUAUAGGUCAAAUAUUUCAGUAGCAUUCAUUCCAUAUCAAAGGCACAAGACUAAUCCCACUGGACACAGGCGUCAAUUCAACGUCUUUCCCACGUUGUUUCAACGUCAUUUCAUUGAAAUUAUGUGGAAACAACGUUGAAUCAACCAGUGUGUGCCCAGUGGGAUGACACGACUGGUGCAGAAAGUGUGAGAUUUCACUCAGAAUGCAACUCAACACCCCGAAAGGUUGUGAGGCUUACUUCCACCAAAAGGCCUCUUGACCAGUCCUCCGUCUAUAGCCCCUCAGGGCAAUGCAGACAUAGGCCUCAGAUCCAUGGACAAUGUCUGUGUCCCAAAUGGCACCCUAUUCCCUAUAUAGUGCACUACGUUUGACAAAGGCCCAUUGGAAUGCAUCCAAUGUUCAUAAUAACAUAGCUCUAGAACAGGAUUUUUUUCCACUUUCCCACUGUGACCCCAUCUUGCUCCACCCAUGUUAGGACUAAAUGUCACGGUAAAGGUCUGGGUGGCCUCUGGUUCUGGUUUGUUAGUAAAGGAAGUAUAUGGGUUUCAAGUGUGUCCUCGGUUUUCCUCUGAUGUUGGCUACUCCUACUGUUUCCUAGUGAGUCAUUCGUCUAUCAUUGGAAUCACAGGAGGCUGCUGAGGGGAGAACAGCUCAUGAUAAUGUCUGAAAUGGAGUAAAUGGAAUGUUAUCAAACACAUGGAAACCAUGUUUUCUGAUGUGUUCGAUACCAUUCAAUUUAUUCUGUUCCAGCCAUUACUAUGAGCCUGUCCUCCCCAAUUAACGUGCCGCCGCCCGCCUGUGAUGGGAAUGGAGAAAAAUAAGUGAAACCCAAUUUUGUAUGUGGUGACUGCAUCAUGGGAACACAUGAAAAAUAAUCACUUAUAGAAGGAUAAAAACAAGCUGUUCACACACCAGGCGCAUCAGUAGACUGAAUAUUUUAUGGUUGUUUUCGACUUCUCUAUUAGGUUACUGUAGAGUACAUGCCAGAAGAUGUAAAAGGGUAAUGAAUACAUUUAAAGAUUGAUCGAUGGAUCGAUAGUAGCAAAAUCAAUCACUCUCAAAUGGGAAGUUCAGUAUUUUAUAACUUUAUGUUAGAUGGGUCCUCACACUGAAAGUAGUCUUUGGCCCAGGAGAAACUGUAAUUCAAACAGCCACUUGAAAACUUCACCUUACAUUAGCUACCAGUAGCUAAUAAUUUAUGGAAAAGAGCAUGAGGGACCUAUAAAAAAUGACAAAAUCAGCUGAAAUUAGCUCAUUUAUUUGGCUUGACCUUACUUAUAGGUGAUUUGACAAUUUUUUUGCCCCCAUCACUUAAAUGAAUUUUUAGCUAGCGGUUGCUAAAGUUAGCCGACGUUUAAAGAAAACCAAAUCACAGAUUACGUUUUUAUCAUCUAACAUUGAGUUGUAAAAUACUCAACUUUCCCUUUAAAACAAUCGACCCUUCUCCAGUCAAAUAUCAACCAGACCUAUUGAUCAUGCUAGGAUCAAACCUGUACUCAACUUCCUGUUUUCUCUCUCCUUCUUCAGGGCUGCCACCUCCACCGACCUGGUGGUGUCCAUCUGUGUCAUCUUCGCCAUGUCCUUCAUCCCAGCGAGCUUCGUCCUCUUCCUCAUCCAGGAGCGCGUCAACAAAGCCAAGCACUUGCAAUUUGUUAGCGGCGUCAACCCGGCCGUCUACUGGGUCGCCAACUUCGCCUGGGAUAUAGUAGGUUAUUUUCAUAAAAUAAAAUAAUUACAGAAUUCAACUUUAUUUCCAAUGUGAGUUGGAAAUGUAUAUUUUUGCUGUCUUAUGUAAUUCCGAGCCCCCCGGACACCACACAUACACACACGAGAAGCAGCACAGGGUCACCCUCAGAGUAGUGCCCCUGGAACACAUUAGGUAUUAAGUGCCUUGCUCAAGGGCACAACGGCAGUAUGUGGCACCUGAGAUUGUGAUGUCAGCAACUCCCUGGUUUCCUGCCAUUUUGCACCUAAUUGGUUAUCACACCAGGGGGAACUUAAUGAGACUGCUGUGAGGAACGGAUGGACAAGCACGAACCCCAAAUAAAAGUAUCGAAACCCCAAACCAAAUUCUUUCUGGAUGUUGUAAUUGGUAUUGUGGUGAUUUCACUUGAAUUCAGAGGGAUAGGAGGAAGGUCACAAGUGAGGCGUGUGUCGAAUAAUCCACCAAACCUUCCGUCAGUGCCACAUAAUGCAUUUUAAAUUGCCGUUUAAGGUGUCCAUAUUAGGACAUCCUUAGUAAGUAAGUUUGGAUAAGGAUACAUAAUCCUAGUGUACCUAGGAAUAGAUCAUUCAAUGGCUGUAUCAAACAAAUACUCAUCAGCAGCAAUAAUGGUAAAUAUAAUUUUGAUCGCAAUGGCUGUUAAAAAGCCCAGGCCUGAGUAACUGUUAGUGACUAGCGCUGAAUUAUUGACACUGGCAAACAGUGAUGCAAAGUGGUACAACAUUGACACUUUCCCUCAGGCCUAAUAGCGGUAAACAGUCUAUCAGGCAAUAGCUCAGCACUACUAGCCAUAAUAAUGGAUGAAUGCUGACAAAGUGGAAGAGAAAUGUUAUUAUGUAGGCAGCCGAAAGGUUUUUGCCAGGAGCAGUUAGUAUUUUCCAUUUCCAUUUACCAUUUUCCCAACAAUUGUAAUAUUUUAUGGCACCGAAAAAUCUUUAAAGGGAUAGUAUUGAUUAGGGUCGAAAAGCUCUGUCAGACGGUGAGUUGUCCCUCAAUGCUGUCCUAAUGCUAUGUGUGACUAUGGUUCUCAUUUGAAUUAUAUUGCAGUUUUGCUUUUAAUGUUUUGUAAUCGGGCUCAUGGAUUUCAAUGCAUUAUAAGACCGUGCAGAGUGCCACCUAAGUAGUGUUGAAGCCUUAGGGUACAGAGUGGGAAAUGUGGAGUAGAAGUUAAAAAAUGACAUGCCAAUUGCAGUAUUUAGAGAUUCUUCAUCCAAUAUCAUGAUUGUAAAACUUGUUUAAGAUAGAAUAUUUAUAUUAUUUUAUACUACGCUUUUGUAAAUUGUGAGAUGGUUUUCUUUAGAUUUGUCCAGUCAGGCCAGCCACAGACUCGUGUCCUCGUAUGAAGGGGAAUAGAUUGCUCUCUUGUUAAUGAGCAAAUGAAAGAGGGGAAGCUUGGAAGGCUAAUUAAAACCUAAUCUAUAGAUUUCAAAAUCGUGUGGAAUUCCCAUUUACUUGAGUUAAUCUUCAUCUUCAUCAUCAUCAUCUUUUUCUUUCUUUCAGAGAGAGGGACCUUAGCCUGAUAUGUCUGGGCAUCAUUAUAAUUGUGUCAUAAUGACCCUAUACGGUUAGAUGUUACCUUCCCAGAACACCCCGCAAAGUGAUAAAAUGCUUAAUACGGGGUUAUGUGUCCUUUUUUACAGUGUAACUACAUAGUCUAACAAGUGGUUAUGUCUUUAUUACAGUGUAACUACAUAGUCCCUUGUCUAAUAGUCAUCGUCAUCUUCCUGUGCUUCCAACAAAAAGCCUACGUGUCCACUCCUAACCUACCAGCUUUGAUUUGGCUGCUUGUAAUGUAUGGGUAAGUAGCACCAAAAUGAUAUUUGUAUGUGCUGACUUACCCAGUUCAAAUAGGUUUUCAGAAAAAAAGAAAAUUGUGAUUGGACUAUGGAUGUAAUGUUUAUAUGGAGCAAUGUAGAUUCAUGUUAAAAUCCACCCUCUGAAUGGCACACAUACACAAUCCAUGUCUCAAUUGUCUCAAGGCUUGAAAAUCAUUCUUUAACCUGUCUCCUCCCCUUCAUCUACAUUGAUUGAAAUGGAUUUCACAAGUGACAUCAAUAAGGGAUUAUAGCUUUCACCUGCAUUUUAUGGAGAAAUGAAGCCUCUUCCCAGAGUCUCUUCAGAGCCCUUCUCGUCUAUAUACCCCUCUUCAUGUAUCUCCCCCUAUCUCCUUUCCUACUGUAGUGAUUAAAUAGUAAAAUAUGAAAGAUUAAGCUUCUGUUCACGUCACCGUCUGUGUUUUCAGGUGGUCUAUCACACCCACGAUGUACCCAGCCUCGUUUAUCUUCAGCGUCCCCAGCACGGCCUACGUGGUGCUGACCUGCGUCAACCUCUUCAUCGGCAUCAACGGCAGCGUGGCCACCUUCGUCAUGGAGCUGUUCGAUGAUGAGGUAGGUGGUGCGGGUUGCCGCUUUCCUAAAUCAUCAAAUGUACGGUGUCCAUAUUAG